GGGGAAUGCCAAUUUAUAAAGUUCCUUUGUUAGGAAAAAAAAAUGAAUUUGAAAAAAAUCUUUAUCAAUAGAAAUCAUUUAGAAGCUAACGAUUCAAAUUCAUCAGUGAAACAUAAAUUGUACGUUGAAAUAACCAUCUUAAAUGCUAUGAUAUAGCAAGAACUAACGUUGUUUUUCAAUUUUAAAACUUUAUAAAUAACAAACACGAAUUAUGCAGUAGUACAUAUUUUAGAAAUAUCUGAUUUCUUUUCGGCUAUUCUUGCAAUUUUUUAUUCUAAAAAGUGAAUAGCUACAUGUUGAGAACCCAAGUCAAAAAAACCAAGGUAGGUAUUUUACCGAACCCUACAAGAUUACGAUACUCAAAAUAAAUUGAAUUUUUAAUGGUCGACGAUUUUUAAUAAGUUUUAUAACGACGAUUAUUCCAUAGUAUCGCUAUCGCACAAGUAUCUGAUAAAAAAUAAUUAUGCAACGAUGAAUUUGAAAAUAUAAAAAUUUGAAAUUUUUUAGUUGGAUUUGAUUUAGAAUUAACCCUUAAAUGCCACACUUACAUUUUUUUCAAGAUUUUCUUGCACUGGACUGACGAGAGAUUUGAUAUCAUGGCUACCUGAUACAUGUGCGUAAAUGUUCAGCCUUUCAUUUGGCAUGUUUGACACAUUGCCUACUUUCAUAUUUUAAGGGGCACAAUUUUUUGAAAAAAAAAAUAAAAAUUUUUCAUAUUUUUUGAUAGUUUUUUGUAGCCAAUCGACAGCGACUGGAAUGAAACUACCGCCUGUUAAAUAUUUAUGUAUCCAUGCUCUACUAAUUUAUGUACAACAACUUGCCUAUUUUUCUCAUUUAAGGGGCAAAAAAUUCAAAAAUAAUUAUUAUUUCACUCGUUUUAAAAAAUUUCUGCCCCUUAAAAUAAAAAAGUAUGCAAUAUGCUCAACAGCGGAAUUGAAGCGCAAGACAUACACACACAUGUACCAAUAGUCGUUCCCACCCGAGCACUCUUUCCUGCCAGCGUAACGCAUCGAAAAAACUGGUGUGGUGAAAUUCACCACCUUGUGGCAUUUAAGGGUUAAAAGAAAAGUUUACAGCUUGAAAAAAUCUGAGUAACAAGGAACCAUGUAAUAAAUCAUCUUACACUGUAUAAAAUAAUACGAACCUAACGUUAAUUCAUGAAAAAUAUGUUUACGCCAAUCAGAAUCGAGAUCACAAACACUCGUUCCUGAUUGGCUUAUAAAAAUUCCACGUUUUGAUAUAUAAACUCCGGUCUCGGUUUCACCAUCAUUCAUAUCUCUCUUUUACUUCACACUUGUGACUUGUGUUAUUUUUACGUUAUCGUUUCAAAAUGUCUGGACGUGGCAAAGGUGGUAAAGUUAAAGGAAAGUCAAAGACUCGUUCAUCUCGUGCUGGACUUCAGUUCCCAGUUGGACGUAUCCACAGACUGCUCCGUAAAGGAAACUAUGCCGAACGAGUUGGAGGAGGUGCUCCAGUAUACCUCGCUGCUGUCAUGGAAUACUUAGCCGCUGAAGUUUUGGAAUUGGCAGGCAAUGCUGCCCGUGACAACAAGAAAACUCGUAUCAUCCCGAGACAUUUGCAGUUGGCCAUCAGAAAUGAUGAAGAAUUGAACAAGUUGUUGUCCGGUGUCACUAUCGCUCAAGGUGGUGUGCUCCCGAAUAUUCAAGCUGUUCUUUUGCCCAAGAAGACGGAAAAGAAAGCUUAAGCUUUUCUAUCAUUAUCUAAAAAGGCCCUUUUCAGGGCCAACAAAUAUUAUUUCUUCAAAAUAGUGAUUAAAUUGUUGCACAGUUGUUUGA